GAAGCAAGCGCAGAGCAUAGUGACGUCAUUCCAGCGCUCCGGAAGUUCGCGCUUGUCGCGAAAUCAUCUUGUGUACGUGGUCGAAUUCAACGAGGGUCAACUCUCUUUUUCUAUCUACCAGAUAACAAACCCCUUGACAUUUAUUUACUCAUUAGUAAACGUGAUCUAGGAUCAUAUUCCAUCAAAUAAUGGACUCUUCUGAGCAUGGUAUAGAUUCUACAAUGACAUCUACAGAUGUAGCCAGUGGAGGAACUCUGCCACCAGGCUUGACAUUGGAAGAGGCAGAAGAACUACAGCUGGAACUCACCAAGGUGGACGAUGAGAUUCAGACACUCAGGCAGGUUCUCACUGCAAAAGAGAGGCACGCCGCAGAGCUGAAACGCAGGCUUGGCCUCAGUCCUCUCACCGAAAUUAAACAGAACUUCACCAAGGGCUGGCACGAAGUCCAGUGCUCCAAUGCAUAUCUUACAGCUUCGGCCACACUGGAGGACAUUAGUCGUUCUGAUGCGUAUAAGAGGACUCAGGAAACUCUGUCUCAGGCUGGUCAGAUGACAUCAACCGUGUUCUCUACAAUGGGCUCUGCUAUCAGAAACAGGCUGGGGGAGAUGAGGGCUCUGCCGUACUCUAACUCUGGUAGCAACCUUUCCAUGCAUCAUUCUUUAAGUAUGCCAGCAAUGAGGAGCUCGCCAAGCUUUAAAUCCUUCGAGGACAAGGUGGAGAACAUGAAGUACAAAGUAAUGGGACGAUCAAAUGGUGAGGGUGACCAUUCGCCACAACAUGGCAACAACACACCCUUCUGAGCAGGAAGUGCAACCUCAUGGCAAAGAACUGACCUCUGUGGCCCCCGUCUAACCCCAUACCCUUUACACACUCCAGACCACAGCUCUGUUAACCUCAACUGAAUGUAUAAACGGAAAACAAUGCUUUAAUAAGUUAAGAUGCCAACAUGCAAAUAUUCUACUUUUUACUUCUACAGCUGAAGAGUUUGACUUUCACCCUUGUAAGUUUAUUGUAGCCAAACUUAAACAAAACCUUCUAAAAGAGCAUAUUUGAAAAACUGGAAAACACCUUUUUUGAUUGUUAUUAGAGGAGAGACUCUGUGCACCAAAUUAUCUUUAAAUGUAAUGCUUUCUUUGUUAAAUAACAGGGCUUCUGUGGUUCUUAAGAUCAGCACGAAGAGGUGAAAUGUUUGAAAUUUCACUUUGUAUGCAAAAACUGUAAGGCCUAGUCUCUUUCCACUGUUUAUUAUUGUUACAUGCUUCUUAUAUUAAAUAUUGCACUGGUUAUAAUCCUGCUAAUUAAAGGCUUGUUACUCAGGGCAAAACGUACUAAAGCUUCUCUGAAGAUGUAUACUAAAUGAUUUCAUGAUUGAUUUCUAAGUCAGAAUGAAAAAAAUAAACUACAGCCUAUCUGGCAUUUUCUAACAAAGUUAAAAAGAGAUAUCUCAUGUAUGUUAAGAGUGAAUGAACUACACAUGCUUUUUCCCACAAGGAGUGAGUUGAAUUGUUAUUUCCCACACACACACACACACACACACACACACAUUCUGUUAGUUAAUCUGAAAGGCUUCUUACUAUUGGUGUUUUUCCUUUGGUUGCCUAUAUUUUUGAGUGCUGUAUUUAAUAUAGAUUGUGUGUUAGGUUUUUUUUUCUUUGUCAGUGACUUACAGUAAUCGCAACAGUCAAGGCAUUUGGUAGGAUGAUGGUUGAAAUAUUUAAAUUACUAAUCAGAUGCCAGACUUAUAUUUCAGUGUAAUCUAAAGACAGAAAAUGAAUUAAUGAUGUUGGUCUCAUUUAGAUUUGGAAUACUUUAAUCUUAAAUAUUGUUGUGGGCAAAAAGUCAACUUCAUUGUGAGGUGAUGAAAACACCCCCCUUUUAUGAAAAGUUUGUUUUGCAUUUGAUUCUUGGUACUUCGCUGGACUGAUGAAAUACAAAUGUCUGUGAAAUAAGAAUGCUACCAUGGUGACCUAUACACCGUAUACAUGUUGAAUGAUUUUACAGCUGUAAUAUACUAGAUGGUUCAGGGUUUACUAAUGACAAAUAAAUUAAAGGAAAUAAAAAAGUGAACAUCAUUGUUUGGUCUGUGUG